UGUCGGAACUGCGGCGACUUGCAGAUGACAGGGAAGGGGGGAGAAGUACAUCCACGCAGGGACUGCCAGACGAUGGAGCAAUGGAGUGGAUAUUACUGAAGCCAGAGGACCAGCCGGGUGGAUGGAAUGGAUAACCAGAGGGCCUCGUUCUCGGCAGAUCUGCCGCUUCCGCCGCCAUCGUCUCCAUUUCCCAUAUCUCGCCGUCAUUCAUCGUUAUCCACAUUCAUUCCUCUCUUACUCUCCCCCGCAAUGGCCUCACUUUCCUCACGUCCACCUCCUGCGGUCACCCUCCCCCUGAGUUUUUGUUCUUUCUUUAGUCAAACUUUCGUGUCAGCCACCGUGUAACUUUCUGAGAUACAUGGGUGUUCGCUUUGUGCUAUUGUUUCAUCGUCCCACCCCUGUGGCAUCUGGACGGUCGGUCCCUUCAUUUCUGGCCC